AUGGGCUUUGGGUAUCUUGCUUGGCUUGACUUUGGCAAGCCUGGGGCUUCAUGCGCUGUCAGCCUCGAUGUUUUCGGCAUCCACCUCACUCUACCACUUGUCAACCUCGCUGCGGCGGACGUGCCGUCCACUGCGGACUACAAGGCAACGCGAGAAAUGUUUUCUGAGACGGAGAUUGUCUGUGCAUGUUCGCCGCCGACCUACGGCCUUGGGAUGGGCUGCACGCGGGAAGCCGGUCUGUAG